GGUGGAGUCAACCCGGAAUUCUCCAAAUUGGAAAACCAUUGGCACAUUUCAGGAGCACCAUGAAGGACGGUAUCGCCAACAACAGCACAGCCAGCAUCUCCCAAGCCAGGAAAUCUGUGGAGCAGCUGAAGAUGGAGGCCUGUAUGGAUAGGAUAAAGGUCUCCAAAGCGGCUGCAGACCUGAUGGCAUACUGCGACGCCCACAUACGCGACGACCCCCUUAUCAUGCCAGUCCCCGCCUCCGAGAACCCUUUCCGGGAGAAGAAGUUCUUCUGCACCAUCCUCUGAUGACCUGCCGGUCGAGCUGUAUGGGUGCAGGCAUGGCGUUGCCUGCCUUCUCUGUCUUCACCACACCUGAAGCUACUGGCCAUAGGCGUUGAGUUGAGUUUUGCCAGGUGGACACUCUGUUGUUGGUCAGCUCUGUCCUGGUGGCUGAAGGUUUUGGGGGAGUCAACUACCAAACUGGCAACCCAAUGAGCGUAUCAUGUCUUGUUAAAUAGGUUUGUUAUUGCUUUGUUAUUAGAGAACAGCCUUGCUCAGUGCUUAAUGAGAUGAGAGAUGUUUUUUUUCUUUUAUUGUGCUAGAUCUUAACAUGCCUCAGGAAACAGAAAUUUGCCCAGUGUCUUUGACUUUUUUAAAUUUUUAUUUUCCUUCCCUUUACCUGAAUAAAAAAGCAUUAAUCUUUUUUAUUAUCUUGAACAUAUCUUAAGUUAGUUUUAAUUGCUCUCAGUGCACGUUUGACUAUUUGUAGCUAAAUUUACUGAAAUCUCUACUGAAAUUUGACACUUCCCUCACUAGUGGUUUCUCUUUCAAUUUGCCUCUAGAGUCACAAACAAUUAACCUGCUCGUUUUAGUGCGGCAGUACAGUCAGAUUCAGAUAAGAGCCCAGAAACAGAAACCUUAUCUCGCCUAGAAAAUAAUUUGUUUGUGCCAACUGCUCUGGUAAUAAGAAGGAGAUGGCUGCACAUCAGUUCUGCUGCAAAUAAAUAAAUAUACUCUGUAUUUAUUGAAAGGUGCAGAGCUAAUGUUUCAGCAGUGAGAUGAGUUCCUCAGGGUUAUCAGUGUGUAAACAACCCUUAGGUCAAAAAUGUUUUAUGAAUCUGGACCCUCCUUCUCAGGCCCACUCUAAUGCACUAUAUCCUGGGCACUCCUUUGAUUUACUCAUCAUAUACUUCAUCCACUUCAAAUCAGAGACACUAUUGGUUAAUCCUGAAGCCCCUGACUGGAAUAUUUUUACAAGUCGCAGGACAUCUUUUUUCCUUUAUUUCCUUAACGGUCUCAUUUGUUUUCUGGGCAUGUUUCCUGAGCCUGAUUCUUUUUGCCUAUCCUAGAGUGAAUGGCAAGGCCUUUGACAUUAAUGCCAAACCAGAGGCCUGCAUGUUCCUCCGCUCCUUUUUGACAGCCUCCUCUGUUUCCGAGGGACUGUCAGUCUUUUAGAGUGUACAGUAUGUUACAGUGCCAAUUUCUGUGAGAGCAGUGUGAUCUUCACACUGUGCUCCCGCAGCCUUUUUUCCGUUUGUUUGUUUUUGGAAGAAAAAGCACACUGUCGAAAAAUUUCCUUUACAUGGUAGUUGAAUAGCAUUUGCUAAUUUUUACGAUGAAUUGUUAUGAUCGUUAUUAAUAUUGUUAUUAUCAGUCGUAUUAUUGAUGGUUUGUUGCACAGCACUGACAGCUACAUGACGUGUAGUGCUACUAAGCUUGUAUGAUACUUAGGAGAAAAAAACCAUUUAUAAAUCAUGCAAUUAUUGAUACUAUCUGACUAUUUUUUAAGAAUAACGGUAAGGGUCGGUUUACAUAAUAUAAUAUGAUCCCUUUGGUGGUUGAGGCUUUUUGCAUUAUUGUUUCUGUAAAAUUAAAAGAAAUUUCCUUAUGGUACUUGAACAGCCAUCGCAUUAGGAAUCAAACUGAAAUGGACUGUCACAAGCUAUUUGACUCAAAUUGUUUUCAGGAUAAUUAUUGUCUUUAUUUCCUAAAUCGAAAAACCUGAGACUGACCUCAGGGCGCUCCCACUGACCUCAUCUUAAGGAUUGUGCCAAAUCUGAAACAAGAAAUAUAACGGUUAGAGAUGAAUAUUGCAUGGAUUUAUUUCUAUCUUUAACAGAGAGAACUAUUAUGAUAUGAAAUAUUGCCUCUUCGUUGACUUUCGAAGUGCUACUCUGCACAUAAGAAUCUCCUUGGAGUUCGGAUAUGUCGACAAUGUGCAGCUGUAUUCAUGAAUGGUAUUAUCGUUUUGGUAAAAAAGAAAAUAGCAUUUAAAUAGCAGGCUUUGUAAAUCCUUUGAUGGAUCAAAUGAAUUAAAGGAAAACGGC